AAAUACUAUUCCUACGAAAGAGUGAAGAAGCACCCGCACUGAGACAUUUGCGUGCCCUCGGACUUUUCGGAACACCUAUGUUAAUCACACGAAACAAACAAGAAACAAGACACAAACACCCGUUUCCUGCCACUUCUGCAUUUCAAACACAACAAAUCUAAAUCCUUUUUUGUUUCAAAUCUUUUCAUUAUCUGCACCAUAGAUCCUUCCCAAUUUCCAAUGAUGAAGAUGCGUAAUUUGAUUCCAUAGGACCCACCACCACCCAGGAUUUUCAUCGUUUCUUUUUUUUGCUUUCGUCCUCGUACCACGAUUCUAUUGUAGAGAUUCGUCAUGGCUACAAAAGGGAACCCGGGAGAUAAUAGAAACAAUAGGAGUUCAACCUCUAUUUUCAUUAUAGUUGGUUUGUGUGGUUUCUUCUAUAUAUUGGGUUUGUGGCAACGGAGUGGUUUUGGAAAGGGAGACAGCAUAGCUGUUGAGAUUACUAAACAAACGGAUUGCAGUGUUCUCUCUGAUCUAAACUAUGAGACCCACCACAAUGAUGAUGAUGCUGGAUCACCAGAUAGUUCCAAAGCACAAGUCAAGCACAUCAAACCGUGUGAUGAUCGCUACAUAGAUUACACACCUUGUCAUGAUCAGGCACGAGCAAUGACAUUCCCCAGAGAAAAUAUGAACUAUAGGGAAAGGCACUGUCCUCCUGAUGAAGAAAAACUGUAUUGUCUUGUACCUGCACCGAGAGGAUAUGCAACACCAUUUCCAUGGCCCAAGAGUCGUGAUUAUGUGCCAUAUGCAAAUGCACCUUACAAGAGCCUGACAGUUGAGAAGGCUGUGCAGAAUUGGAUACAGUAUGAAGGAGAUGUUUUCAGGUUCCCUGGUGGCGGAACGCAGUUUCCCAAGGGAGCCGAUGCUUACAUAGAUGAACUUGCGUCUGUUAUUCCAUUGGACAAUGGAAUGGUUAGAACUGCACUGGAUACAGGCUGUGGGGUUGCUAGUUUUGGUGCAUACCUCUUUAAGAAAAAUGUUCUUACAAUGUCAAUUGCACCAAGGGACUCUCAUGAAGCACAAGUUCAAUUUGCUUUGGAAAGAGGUGUUCCGGCAAUCAUUGGUGUUCUUGGAACAAUAAUGUUGCCCUUCCCUUCUGGAUCUUUUGACAUGGCACACUGUUCCCGUUGCUUGAUUCCAUGGGGUGCAAAUGAUGGAAAGUACAUGAAGGAAGUUGAUCGGGUUCUUAAACCUGGUGGUUACUGGAUACUUUCUGGUCCUCCUAUCAACUGGAAGAAUAACUACCAAGCAUGGCAACGUCCUGAAGAUGAGCUUGAGGAGGAGCAACGACAGAUUGAGGACAUUGCUAAACUUCUUUGUUGGGAAAAGAAAUACGAGAAGGGUGAAAUUGCGAUCUGGAGAAAACGAUUACAUUAUGAUGAUUGUGGUGAACAAGAUACUCAAUCUGCAAUGUGUGACACCACAAAGUCUAAUGAUGUCUGGUACAAGAAAAUGGAAAAUUGUGUAACUCCGAGUAAACCUAGUGGUUCAUGGAAGCCAUUCCCUGAGAGACUCAAUGUCAUUCCUUCCAGAAUUUCCAGUGGAUCCAUUCCUGGUGUAUCUGUGGAAGCAUUUGAAGAGGACAACCGAUUGUGGAAGAAGCAUGUGAAUGCAUACAAACGGAUCAACAAAAUCCUUGAGUCUGGGAGAUACCGCAACAUAAUGGACAUGAAUGCUGGUCUGGGAGGUUUUGCUGCUGCUCUGAAUUCUCCCAAAUUAUGGGUUAUGAAUGUUGUGCCUACAAUUGCUGAGAAAGCUAACCUGGCUGUUAUAUUCGAGCGUGGAUUGAUUGGCAUUUAUCACGAUUGGUGUGAAGCCUUCUCCACAUAUCCAAGGACCUAUGACCUUAUCCAUGCAAAUGGUGUUUUCAGCUUGUACAAGGAUGGAUGCAAUGUCGAAGACAUUCUAUUGGAGAUGGACCGAAUCUUACGGCCUGAAGGAGCAGUGAUAUUCCGAGAUCAAGUGGAUGUACUGAUGCAGGUGAAAAGAAUUGUGAGGGGAAUGAGAUGGAAUACCAAAAUGGUGGAUCAUGAGGAUGGUCCACUGGUUUCAGAGAAGGUAUUGUUUGCUGUCAAGAAGUAUUGGGUUGCUGGUGACAACACCACCAGCACAGUGUGAUGGCCCAAGCAGAAUUUGAAUGGAAGAAUCACUCUAAAAUGACAGUUUACAAAAUGAUUCUGCUUGUGAUUUGGACUCAAGAUAUUUCCAGCUGAGUAUGAAGCUUAGAUCAUUAAAUUUUUUGGUGUCUUAAAAACAUCAGUGGGCUUUUUUUUUUAUCUUUUUAUUUUAAAUGUAGAGUUAAUAGAUGGCAUAUUUGUUUUAGGGUUCAUAUAUCAUAGUCAUCAGAUUUCUUUAUUUGGCUGCUCCUGAGUCACAUUUUUACUCCUAAAAACAUACAACAAAAGACACUGUUGAGAUCCCAUCAAGCUAAUGUGAUUUUGAAACUCACGGUCAUGAGCUGGGUUUGGGCUUUACAUUUUCACCUUCUUUUCGGUUAGCCAUUGUGGUGUCCUUUAUGAAGGAAUUUUAGGUAUUUAUCUUGCUCAUUUUAUAACUUUAAUCAAUUCCAAUUUUACUUCCUUCUCUUUCUG